AUGGCCAGUGUCUAUUUAAACGUCGAGCUCCAUGGCAAUGAUCACGUCGAAGCAACGAGCACUAUGAAUCCCUCCACCGCCGCCCUCCCCCUCCUCAUCCUCCUCCUCCUCCUCCUCCCCCGAGAUUCCCAAGCGGCUGCUGCCGGUGAUCCCCUGGUCAGGGACACAUGCAAGCGCGCUGCCGACAGCUCCGACGGCCACGUGGACUUGGGGUUCUGCGUGCAAGCUCUGGAGUCGGACGCGGGCAGCGCCGUCGUAGCCGACGCCCGGCGCCUCGCGCUCAUAUCCGCCAACCUGACGCUGGCCAACGUCACGCGCACGAUUUACCUCGCCAAGACCUGGGUCGAGUACCUGACCAGCUGCCAGGAGAUCUACGCGGAGAUGAGCGCCAACGUGACGGACGCCAUGAGGACGAUGGAAGCGGGGGACCUGGCUGGCGCCGCCAGGAAGAUGGAGGCGGCCGCGAUGUUGCCGAACGAGUGCGACAUUCUGUUGUUCCAGGGCGACGGCAGCGUCGACUGGGGAUCCAACCCUUUGCGGAAGCAGGACAAUUACGCCUUGUUCUUGGCUUCCACCUCUUUGGCCAUCUUACGCUCCCUAAAUUGA